CUCACUUCAGGAGGGGGAAGAAGAGAGCAGAUUAGUUUAGACUGACGGUCGGGCAGCAAAGAGAAGUAGACUCUCGGAGGCUUUCUUUUUUCCGUAACACAAAAUAACUUUUAGGAAGGGCUGACUCACAAGUUGUGCUGGGGUUUUGUUUAUUUGUUUUGUUUUGUUUUUUUUUUUCUUUUAAUUUUUUUAAGGGAAUGACUCUCCUUUCAACUGAAGUUGUUUGCUCCGUAACCGGUUAUGAGGAGUGUGUGAGGCGGAUACAGCAGCAGCAGCGCCAAACUCACAAUGCGCCCUGAGUGAGCUGAGCCAGGGAGACAAUACAGAUCCACGGGCUCGCCGAGGAGCUGCAAUCUCUCAUCUGGGCUCUCAUUUUAUCUUCAAAGCCAGUUCCAGGGUGGCAUUCCUCCUUUUUUUUUUAAAUCCACGACUGAUUUAUUAAACAGCUGAGAGAAAACUGACUUCACAACGAGGACGACUGGUUGGAUCUCCAAACUUAGCCAUGACGUCUCCAGCGAAAUUCCGAAAAGACAAGGAAAUCGUGGCCGAAUAUGAAACUCAAGUUAAAGAGAUCCGUGCCCAGCUGGUGGAGCAGCUCAAGUGUCUGGAUCAGCAGUGUGAGCUGAGGGUGCAGCUGCUUCAGGACCUGCAGGACUUCUUCAGAAAGAAGUCAGAAAUUGAGAUGGACUACAGCCGUAACCUGGAGAAGCUGGCCGAGAGGUUCCUCACAAAGACACGCAGCACCAAGGACCAUCUAUUGAAGAAGGAGCAGAGCCUUUUAUCUCCAGUGAACUGCUGGAACUUGUUGCUACUUCAGGUGAAGCGGGAGAGCCGCGACCACGCCACCCUGUCCGACCUCUACCUCAACAACAUCAUACCCCGGUUUGCACAGAUCAGCGAGGACUCGGGACGUCUUUUCAAAAAGAGCAAAGAGGUUGGAGUACAGCUGCAGGAGGACAUGAUGAAAGUUCUUAAUGAGCUUUACACGGUGAUGAAGACGUACCACAUGUACAACACUGACAGCAUCAAUGCAGAGUCCAAGCUGAAGGAGGCGGAGAAGCAGGAGGAGAAGCAGAUGGGACGCUCCGGUCGACAGGAAGACCGCCAGACACCGCGCUCCCCUGACACACUGGCCAGCAUCAAAAUCGAUGAGAAGCCAGCUCGACGCUCCAGUGUCAAAAAAAUAGAGAAGAUGAAGGAGAAGAGACAAGCUAAGUACACAGAGAACAAGCUGAAGGCCAUCAAGGCCAGGAACGAGUACCUGCUAGCGCUUGAAGCCACCAACAGCUGCGUUUUCAAAUAUUACAUCCAUGACCUCUCCGACAUCAUUGAUUGCUGUGACCUGGGCUACCAUGCCAGCCUGCACCGCGCCCUGAGGACCUACUUAUCUGCAGAGCAGAAUGUAGAAACAUCCAAACACACUGGCCUGGAGACACUGGAUGGAGCAGCAGAGAGUCUGGAGCCCAAUGGGGACAAACAGAAACUGAUGGAGACUUACAACAAUGUCUUCUGUCCACCAGCUCGCUUUGACUUUCAGUCCCACAUGGGUGAUAUGAUGGGAGUAAUGUGUGCACAGCAGCCGCUGGAAGUUGAGCUGCUCCAGAGGUGUCAGACGCUGCAGUCGCGCCUCUCCACUCUUAAGAUUGAGAAUGAUGAGGUGAAGAAAACUAUGGAGGCCACUCUUUCUACCAUUCAAGACAUGGUGACGGUGGAGGACUACGAUGUCUCCGAGUGCUUCCAUCACAGCAACAGCAUGGAGUCAGUCAAGUCCACUUUUAGUGAGUCAUAUCUGAGCAAACCCAGCCUGGCCAAGCGACGGGCCAAUCAGCAGGAGACGGAGCAGUUUUACUUCACAAAGCUGAAGGAGUUUCUGGAAGGCAGGAGCCUGAUCACCAAGCUGGAGGCUGAGCAUGACCUCAUCGAGAAGGCCCUGGGAGAGAGUCAGAAAACUGACUGUUGCCUUGCCAGUGGAAGGAGAAACUCAACAGUACGGAAGCAGGACUCAGGUGAAGCCAUUCCUCUGAUGGUUGAGAGCUGCAUCCGCUUCAUCAGUCGCCAUGGACUGCAGCAUGAGGGCAUCUUCAGAGUGUCAGGCUCUCAGGUGGAGGUCAAUGAUAUCAAGAAUGCCUUUGAGAGAGGCGAGGACCCUCUGGCAGGGGACCAGAAUGACCAUGACAUGGACUCUAUUGCUGGUGUACUGAAGCUGUACUUCAGAGGACUGGAGCAUGGUCUUUUUCCUAAAGAAGUCUUUCAUGACCUCAUAUCCUGUGUCUCUAUGGAAAGCCUCCAGGAGCGGGCAGUCCACAUUAAGAAAGUUCUGCAAACCCUUCCUAGUAAAACACUCAUCAUCAUGAGAUACCUGUUUGCCUUCCUCAACCACCUGUCUCAGUACAGCGAGGAAAACAUGAUGGACCCCUAUAAUUUGGCCAUCUGUUUCGGCCCCACCCUGAUGUCUGUCCCUGAGGGCCAUGACCAGGUCUCCUGCCAGGCUCAUGUCAACGAACUCAUUAAAACUAUCAUCAUCCACCAUGACACCAUCUUUCCUGGGCAGCAGGACCUGCAGGGCCCCAUAUACACCAUCCCUGGAGCAGAAGAUGACUUUGGGGACAGUCCGCUCUGUGAGCCGCCCCCUGUGGAGGAGGUGGGGCCUGACACUGUCCCUGGCAGCCACAAUAGUGAAGACGGCUCAUUGGCUGUUUCAGAAUCUGAACCAAUUGAAGCCAUCGCUCGGUUUGACUACACUGGCCGGACCAGUCGGGAGCUGUCAUUCAAAAAGGGCGCCUCUCUCCUUUUGUACCAGCGAGCCUCUGACGACUGGUGGGAGGGAAGACACAACGGAGUGGAUGGACUGGUGCCGCACCAGUACAUUGUUGUUCAAGACACGACUGAUGUGGGACGAGGAAGUCCAAAGCCUGAUGUUGACAGCAGGGACCUGCUGGAAGAGCGGGUGUCCACUAGAGGCAGUGCCGCCUCUCCCACUGGAGCUCACGUGGCUGACAUCUAUCUGGCAAACCUGAACAAGUUGAGGAAACGGCCUGAGCCUGGAAACAUCCGGAGAACGUUCCGCUCAGAGAGUGACAGUUCAAGCCCAGGAGCCAGUGGUGGAGGAGGGGUGAGAACAGCUUCUCUUCCUGUUGGUGGGGCUUUGAUAAAAGACAAUGGAGAAAAACGGCCAGUCAGUGCGCACAGCAUCCUCAACUCAGUCACUCGCCACUCCUCGCUCAAGACAAAGGUGGAGAGUCCACAGUUACGGAAGGCAACUCCCGCAGGGCGCUCCAAGAGCUUCAGCAACCACAGACCUCUGGACCCAGAGGUUAUAGCCCAGGUGGAGCACAGCUCACAGGACAUGCAAGACUCUACUCUGAGUGAGCUCAGUAAGUUGGAAAGACAGAGCACUUCCAAACAUACACACACCCCCGAUGUGGUCCUGGACACACUGGAGCAGCUGAAAAGCAUGGGUGGCGGCGGUGGUGGGGGAGCUUCAGAGCCUUCCAGUCCGCUCCACUCCCGUCUAUUGCGGGACAACGAGGGGAGCUCAUCACACGGCCAUCCCCUUCAACGCAGCUCCUCCUCAGCCAGUGAUGUACCCUCCUCUUUCCGCCCCGCCAGGAGCCAACCCCGGAGCCCACUGCCCUCUGCCACGUCCCCCUCUAUGUCCUCAUCUUCUCUCUCCUCGUCUGUACCUUCCUUCAGAGAGCUGCGCCCCCCAGCAACAAGACCCAAGCCAGUGGUGUUCCCAAAGAGUGGAGGGAGUGGCAGCCCAGCAAUGGGCUCCCCAACCUCCACUGUUCCUCCUACGCCUCCUCCCCCUCCACCUGCAAGCCACACACACUCGCUCAGUCACACCCCUCCUCCCCCACCGCCGCCUCAGUCUAAUGACAAAUCCUGCCCAGCUUAAUCUGAUUCCCUGAAUCUGAACCAUGAAAUUUAUUCUAAUAAACUCAUAGGUUCUUACAGCUCUUCUAAAAGGUGCCAAAAGCACUUAAUUAGUUUCACAUAGGAUUCCUAACCCACUACUCACAUGUAGCAUUCAUGCCUUGGUGUCCAGACAAGUUCUUAAGAUGCCAUCAUUCUCUUUCUAGUGUCAAGAGUCUGCCCUCUCCUGGCUGCUCUGCUUUACUACAGGUUGGCCACCACUGGGCAAAGACCUUGUAGAAGCACAUCUUGUUCUUGCCAUCACAGAGAUUACAAAAGUGGCUGGAUUUUAACAUCUUUGAGAAGGGAGCAAGACUCAGGGUGGGCACAGAUCUGCAGCAAAUGGAACUUACAAUUAUUAGCUUGUGAUGUAUGAAAUUGCGUGUGAGUGGGUGUGCAAGAGUGUUACUUGCUUUCACGCACAGAUCACCGUGAGGAACAAUAAGCAAUGGUUGGUUUAUGUAUAGCAGACAUGACAGGGUUUUUCUUUUUUUCAAUAACCCUACAACUUGCAAAAUGGAUAGGAGCAUUUGAUUUCUGAGAAUAGACUGUGAACAGCUGUGAUCUUGCUUUGUAGAAAUGAAACACUGAUUUGCUGCUUCAGAUGUGGUAGAUUGCAGUUAUGGGUGGAUUUCUGUGAUGAUGAAAGGAAGGAAAACUGGGCCAAAUAUCAGUGUAAGUUGUGUGAUCAAGAGCUUUAUUUCUUCCUUCAGUGUUUGAUAUGUUUGUGAAUUUAUUUUCCUUUUUUAUUGCUGUUUAUUAGUAGUGGCACAGGAGGAGCAUAUCAUAUACCCAACAUGGCCAACAUUAUUUCUAAUUCCAUAUAUAGCAAUAAAAACAGUGAACGCUGGUAGUUUGUAGCAUUAUGCUGCUUCUCUCCUGAAGCUCGGCAAUGUGUGUAGGGGACCACUGAAACCCAGCAUUUUUAUAUGUCAUGUUGGACUGUACACACACAUGCACAUUUUCUCCAAAUGUGUCUGUGGUGGUGUUUUGUGGCAGCUAAAACGCCUUUCAGGUUUUCCUUGCAUGCUGGGGCCAUGCACAGCAACUGCAAUGGCAAGCUGGCUGAUUUCAUCAGCUUGUGUCUGUAAUACCAGCUAUAAAAUAACUUCAAACACAGUUACAGUUAGCUCCUUUUAAACUAUUUGCUUUAUAAUUAACAGUAAAAAGGGUUUGAUUAUUCUAAUACUAUAUGUGUAUAUCUAGUAAUCAUGAUAACUGGAAGCAUGCAGCUGAGGCUCCUCCUGUGUGUGUAGAUAAAAGCACAACCAACCACCUCAUCUACUGCGUUCUUAAGCAAACUUUUGUUUUUAUGUUCAGUUAUUUUACAGUUAAUGCCCAGAAUCUGUUUAAAUCAGUUUAAAAUGUGCAUCUGUCUCUUUGCAUGUUUGAGCACAUGCAUGGAUAGAGUAUGUAUGCGCAUCACCUAACCUGCCUGUGCCUCGUAAAUGGAUGCCACUUCACCGCGACUGUCUGGAGACACACAAAAAAACUAUUCUCUCAUGUCCAGGAAAGAAAAAAGGAAAAA